GAGUCGGUUACAUGCUUUCACGCAUGCGUGGUGAUUACUCUGUGUGUCUUUAGGACAGAGAGAGAGACUGAGUGAAGGUGGUGGUAUUGCCGGAGAGCGCAGUCGGGAUGUGGUACGAGAUCCUCCCUUGCUUGGGGGUCAUGUAUGUGUGUUUGAAUAUCCCUGGACUCAGCACCGUCUGGAUCCAUAGAUACACGAACGGGGGAAAGGAGAAGAGAGUUGCUCGGAGUCCCUAUCAGUGGUACCUAAUGGAAAGGGACAGGCGUGUUUCCCAAACCAAUCGCUACUAUGAAUCAAAGGGCUUGGAGAACAUUGACUAAACCCAUGGCAUGAUGAAUUCUACCAGAACCAGCCUAAUAUCAAUAAAUAUGUAUUUGACAAAGUGUACCUC